AUGUACAACAAUCACAGCCAGAAUUUGUCCUAUCAUGAUGUGGUCCUAGUUUUGUUUCAGGCUGAACCUCUUUGUCAUCACGACCAAAUCAACAAGUCAUCUCAACAACAUAUUCGGAGAUUGGAAAUGUUUUUGAAACAAACAUUUAUCAAACAACAAAUCGGAAAGAAGAAAUGGCUUGAGAAUAGAGAAUUGGAAAAUAGGAAUUUCUUUCCGGUAGAGUUUAUGAAUGAUCCUGAAUUUGUAUUGAAUCAUAUUAAAAAGUAUGGUUAUGGUUUGAAAUAUGCAUCAACACAGUUACAACAGGACAGAGAGUUUGUAAUGAAAGUACUUCAACUCAAUGGGUCAACAGAAAUAAGAUUUGCAAAUUGCCAUUGCAAUGAUAAAGAAUUGAUAUUGGCAGCCAUAAAAAACGCUGAACAGGCCUUGGUUUUUGCUUCAACUGAUCUUCAAAAUGACAAGGAAUUUGUGUUGAAAGCAGUUCAACUGAACGGCAAAGCAUUGUUCUAUGCUAAAACAGCUCUAAAGCAAGACAGAGAAAUUGUGUUAGCUGCUGCGAGACAAAAUGGUGAAGCAUUGAGUUAUUUACAUCCAAGAGAAGAGUUGAGAUCGGACAAGGAAAUUAUUAUUGAAGCUAUCAAGCAAAAUAAGAUGGCUCUUCGAUUCGUACCUAAAUAUUUACUCAAGAAUCACGACUUCAUGCUGACAGCUCUAAAAUUAAUAUUUCCACUUGAAUUUGACACAUUGGAUUCUUUGGAUUACUCAAAAAAAGAAAUCAUGUUGAAACUUGUUCAAAAAUUUGGUUUUUUACUUGAAUUUGCAAGUGAUGAACUCAAGAAUGAUCGAGAUAUUGUGUUGCAAGCAGUUCAGAAUGAUGUUAAUUCACUUAGAUUUGCUUCUGAUGUUUUAAAGAAUGACAAGAAAAUUGCACUCAUGGUCGUUGAAAAAGAUGGCUGUGCAUUGGAGUUUGUCUCAAAAGAACUAAAGACAGAUUAUGAUGUGGUACUCACUGCCGUCAAUCAAAAUGGAUACGCCCUUAAUUAUGCCUUUAAAGAUUCGAAAAAUGACAAAAAUAUUGUGUUGGCAGCUGUCAGACAAGAUGGAUCUUAUCUUGGAUUUGCAUCUGAAGAGUUGAAAAAAGAUAGAGAGGUUGUUUUGGAAGCAGUUCGAAAAGAUGGCUUUGCUCUUGAACAUGCUGAUGAGAUGUUGCAAAAUGAUCGAGAAAUUGUAUUUGAAGCUAUCCAUCAAAACAACGACGCUUUUCAAUACGCUUCAGAGAAUCUGUUAAAUGACAAACAAUUCUUAUUAGAGGUGAUUCAAAUGGGAUGUGAGGAUGUUAUGAUGGUGGCACCAGAAGAAUUUGGCAACGACAGAGAAUUUAUGUUACAAGCCGUCAAAAUCAACAGUCUUGGAGUUAUUGGAAGGAGUGUGAUUUGCACGGACAAGGAAAUCUUGCUGGAAGCGGUGAAGAAUAAUGGUUACUCAUUAUAUUACGCUUCGAGUGAAGAAUAUCAACACGAUGCAGAACUUGUGUUGGAAGCACUUAAAUGCAAUGGCUACGUUAUCGCGUAUAGUGAUGAAUUAUAUCAAGAAAGAAUGAAACAUUGCUAUAAUAAUGCUUAUUUGGGAAGUAAAUGA